AUGUCCAACGCUGGGUCAAACUUUACUGCGCCUACAUCUGGCUAUGGUCCUAGUCGCGCAGACUCCGCGGUUACUAGUCCCGCGAAUCCUAAUAUUCUCACCCGUGCGCAAGUAGAGAAUAACUACAAGCGCACGUUGGUGGAGAUGAUUAGGGAAGUGAUGCACCCGCCGCAUUCUGCGAUGAUGGCAGAGAAGUUUGCGUGGUCUAUUAGGAUCAAUAGGUUGUUGUGUGAACUCAAAUCGAUCUCGUCAAACAUCGCGCGAUGUGAUAUACCACCAUCAUUCGCGGACAUAGACUCUUUCGUGAGCGAGGCAUGGCGUUUCGCAGUUGCGGUGGACGUCCCACGCUUUUACGAAAAGUGGCCUCAAGACCUUGACCGGCUCGUUGAAGAGAGCUUCGCGAACGGGGUGCCUCUCGGGCGAAUGAUGAAUAUCUUGCCUCCUGAACACGCCACGCCGAUGAGGGGUGGUACGAAAAUAGCGCAGAGGUCUGGGAAGCAUCGUCACAGGAGCGCAGCCGACUCCGCAGUAGCAUUAGGCGCAGAACUCGUACGCGCUACCCCCAGCACAGUCACAUCUGGGAGUACACCAUCCCUAGACUGGAGAAGCUACUCUACAAGCACUCCUUCCCCUUCUUCGUCGCUCCGCGCGAACUCGUCUCCGUCCUCAUACUCGAGGGAUAUUAGUGUGUUGGCAUCCCCUACUACAAGGAACUUUGACGUACUAGAGUUCGAGAGGCUUGUGAUGGAGAAGAAUUCAGAUCAGACUGCAUCUGGCACUAGUUUUGACCGAACUCGCCUAAGACCGUGUAUACGAGCUUCGACGCCGUCCAUAUCCCCCAGCCCAGUCAUAUAUUCGACUGCUUCUGUUCCACCGGAUGAUUCGCCCGCCCCGCCUCAUACAAUAGAACACAGCGCGCGUUCGAGACGGUCAACGUCAUGCCGGGCAUGGAUUCCGCAGCCAUACCACGACGGUCAGACACCGGCGGUCCUCUCAGAACUGGAUGAUAUCUGUGCAACAGCAGAUGCAUUGAUUGGUGAAGCAGAGGAUAUCGAUGCGCGUGAUGAGAACGAGAAGGGUCUGAAGGAUUGGACAAGUCGGGCGAGGAAAUGCGAGGUCGAUGGAAGAGGGGCACUUGCACGCGUAUCGAAUGCUGGACUGUCUGAUUGUGAUGAAGUACGUUAUGUUGCAAGCACGCUGAAGCUCCUCAAGUCUGCACACGUCGAGCUCAUUGAAUUUGCCGAGAGAAUGCUGAAUCCUACCCGUUAUAUAUGCAACGCUCCGCAAGCAUAUGCUACUUCAUCUCAAACCACAAUACGGGUUCGUGACAAUACGGGCCCGAUCGUGUCUACCUCGUCUUCUCAGAUCACAAACUUUAUGACUAGAAGUGGACAGGAUCUAUCCCGUCCAUCCGUACAACGAAGAUCGGUCCCGUUUAUUCAACCUCCAAGUGUGCCGUGGAAGUGGGUGCCGGCGCCUACAAGCAACGAGUCGGCGCCAGAGUCAAACGACAAGCCCGACAGAUCCAAGAUCAUCACGUCAAGCAUUGUCAUUCGCACCCGACGCGGUACCUCUGGCGUGCAAACUACCAUCAAACUGCAACGCAUGACGGACCGUGAACCGGGUGAUGAGUCACACGAACCUCCAUGUUCUGCAUGUGGGGAGCGAGGUUUCAGCUGUUUCGGCAAGCCGGGUAAAGGGGGCGCGUGUCGAAGGUGUAGGCGCAUACGGAGAGGGCAUUGUACAUACGCCAGGCUGAGGGUUACGAAUAAGAAUACCGAGAAAGCCGCGUUGGGAAAGAGGAAGCAACAAGAUCGCGACAAACAAAAGGAAACUCUUAAUCGAAAAGGCAAGGGAAAAGAAAAGGAACAGGUAAAUGAUUUAGGACGUGCAUUCAGGAGACUUAUGAAUGUGGGCGCGAAGGGGAAGGGGAAGCAGGUCGCGAGACCAAAUUCAGAGAUGCUCAGGAAGUUAAGGACAUCAAGGCUAUUGGAAGACCCAAUGGACGAGGAUGAUAACCAAAUCAACGAAAAUGAGGACGAGGACGAGGACAUGAGUGACACAGAUGCGCCGCCCUUGAAAAGACGCAGGAGCUUGUCUCCACGGCCAACGCAUGAACCUGAAUCCGAUAGCGAGACGGAAGUGGAACUCGGGCUGCGACAAACCGUCCCUCCAAGAGCGACCUCCGAGCCCCCAGACCGCGCUUCAGCAUCCGUCCCCACAUGGAUGAGGAGGAGCCGAAGUCGGGGGCAAGGGACAUCAUCACUUACUUGGAACUCGUCUUCGGACGCAAACUUGGGCACGGGCUCAGACCUGAGGGAUUCUAUUACUCCUACUCCUUUGCGGCAAAGGAUUGCCUCGUUCUUAGAACGAGAAAAUAUUCAGCCCUCGAGUGCUCCUGGCCUGGAGCUUCUGUCAAUUGCAUCUCUGAAUCUACGUUCACGGACGAGGUCAAUUACUCGACCGCGGAUGAUAACGACUUCAGAGCUUGAAUCUGGUAGGGAGAUGGAAGUGGAACCUGAAGCUUCAACUUCAGCGCCUGGUGUUGAUCGCGGCUUCACUUCUACUGCGAGUGUAAAUACGAACGUGAUUGUUUCAACGUCUCCUGCUCCGCACCCAGGCCAGAUUCCCACCCCGACGUCCCUUCCAAGCCCAAAUCAGAUUGACUUAGCUUUACCACAACAAGCUCCUUCCCCAUCCUCUCUGUCAUCCUCAUCUCAACUCCAGCUUCAGCUCCAACUCCACUCUCAAUCUCAAAAUCCAAGUAUAUCUUCCCUUGCCCUCUCAUCCAUCUUUGCGAAGCUCGACUCGUUGGACGCUUCGAGUGCUUCUAUUGCGGAUGAUGUGAGAGGGGCUCAACAGAGGCUUGCGAGGCAGGGAGAAAUUAUUAGAGAGGUAAGGGAAGUGCUUGGUGUACUUGUCAGCCCUCCCUCUGGAGAAGCUGAGGGAUCGAGAUUGAGAUUGGAAGAUGGAAACGGAGUCGAAGACAUGAGCAGAGAUGACGAUGUAGUUGGGAGGCCGGAUGCAGAGGCUUGA